UUAUUUAUGUAUUUAUUGUGCUUAGUUCAAUGAAUAUUGUUGCCGGGUAUUUUCUUGUUGAAUUUCGCCAUAUUUUUUUAACAAUCUCCGAUCCAAACGGAACAAAUCCCUGUUCAAUGCUUUGCCCCCUCUGGUAUUCCUUAUUAUCUAGAGGCUGUUUUGGCUUUAUUUUUUCGUGUUCUAUGCCUCUCCUGCAUUUUUGCGCGGUAUUGGAACGCUGGAGAGCUACUAAAUUGGCUAGAAAAUAUGAAAAUGAAGAUAGGAAAUUUGGAAUUUUUGUUGUAAUAAUUGUUAUGAUAAUUUCCUUACUUUAUUUUGCAUUUUAUGCCUAUAUUGUUUUGGAUGAUUAUAAUAUGGAAUGGAAUAAAAUGUUGGCAUAUAAUGCUACAGUAACAAAUAGAAGCAAUUUAUUGUCCAUUUAUCAGACCUAUUUUAUGCUUUUUAUUUUAUCCUUAACUAUAUUGGGGGAUUAUUUAUUGUUGAGAAAGAAUGGAAAAAUGAGAAAAAUGGUUUUUAGCAACAACCAACAAUUAAAUAACAACGGCUACAGUUUAGCGGAGAAUUAUCAAUUCCACGAGAAUUUAUUAGCUAUCCGUUUCAUUCUUCCAUUAGAUAUAGCCUAUGGAUUAACUAAUUCGAUAUAUUUUGGUUUAGUAAUUAUUCUACGUUCAUUUCAACCUGUUUUGCCGUUUAGUGUAUUUUUGGCUAAUUAUAAUUUAAUUACUGUUGUAAGUUUUAAAUAUAAGGGGAGAGGGGACAAUUCACCGAAUAAGACAAUUCACCGAAUGAGACAAUUUACUGAAAAAGACAAUUCACCGGAAAGUCAAUUCACCGAAAUUUUUUAUUUUCAGCUUCAACUUGUCUAUAUUUCCACAGCUUUUGUUUUCUUUAGACGUUAUAUAAAUUACAAUAGAAGUGGACGACAAAAUCAUUUAACUUCAAUACAACCAACUGAACAGCUUGGGAAAAAAUAUUUUGAACAAUUAAAUUUACAAUGGAAUUAA